CUGCAUGUACAAUGGCUCCGUUUCAUGCUGCCAGCUCGGGCGUUUCCUCAGUCAUCUGGGUGCAGGAGCUUGUUUUUUUACCCUCCUCUUUAUUCGGUAGAGGCGUGCCGAACCGAGCUGAACCGAACCGAACCGAACCGAGCCGGGCUCGGGCCGGGUCAGGCUUGACUCCUUGUGUCUUCAUGUGAUCUGGAAGGGAGGCGUUUUAACUCCGCGGGGAGGAAGAGGAGGAGGGUGAGGGGGGUGGAAAUAGUUUGUCCAGCUCCAUCCCAGCAGCAGUUGGGAGCUGACCUGCCGGCUCGUCGGGAUAUUUUUGGUUGUUUUUUUUUUGUUGUUGUUUUCCGUCCGUUGCGCGGCUCCCUCCGUCCGGACAGUGACGCGCCGCAGAUCCGAUUAUGGGAGACGCUCAGUCUGCGCCACGGGACGCCAAAAGCGAUGCAGCAGCAGCGGAUGAUGAAGAGGAGGAGGAGGAGAGGGAUGUGGGAACCGGACAGGACACCGACGACAAGAUUCUCAAGAACAAUGGACAGAUCUCUGACAUCAACAGAAAAGCAGAGCUGAAUGGUCACUGUGAGGAUGAGAUUGGCAUUGAAGCUGCCAUUUGUCCAGACAUAAAAGUUUCAGAGCCACCAAAAGAGGAAGAGGCACCCCUGGAGAACGAGGACAUUAAUUUGAAGAAAGUGACUGAAGAAACCGAAGACGAACAGGUCGGACACGAUGAUCUGAUGGAAAUGGAUGUCAAGCAGAAUGACAUCAACGAGAGUUUCAAGAAGUUUUUCAGCAACAUUGGUCUGAAACUGACAGUGAAGAGAGGCUCCACUGACAGAAGUGCAGUGCCAGUAGACGUGACGGAGGAGGAGCCGAGCAAACCGGAAGAUGUUGAUGUUGAACAGCCUGCGAGGGAAAGAAUUGAGGAGGCUCAAGAAAGCACAGAUCUCAACACGGUAGAGGAGGCGGUGGAAAACGAUUCAACUGUGUGCCCGACGCUGACAGAUGUUACACCUGACGAUUUUCAGGAAAAAGAAGACGAGAAAACGACAGGAACCAAAGAGGAAAAUACAUCCCACGAUGCGGGAACGUCUUCACCUCUCAGCGAGGACGUUACGUCGCAAGAGGAGCCACGUCCAGCAUCUCCUGCUGGGCUUGACGAAAAUGCAAGUCCAUUUAAAAAGUUUUUCACAACUGGAAUCUUUUCCGGUCUUCGAAAGAAGAAGAAGCUUGAAGAUGACGAAGCAGGACAGAAAGAAGAGGAAAAGGCGACCCAGGCGGCAGGUGAUCGCCACCACGAGGAAGACGUUGCUCCAACUGAGAAAGAGCUUCAUGAAGAGAAAACUGAAGAGGAAAAGCCAAUCACCAAAUCAGCUACAGCACCAUCUAUUGUCAUAAAUGAAAUCGCCAACUCUCAGGAAUUUGUUCAAGAAAGUCCCCUGAAAAGGCUUUUGUCAGGCUCUAGUUUCAAGAAACGCGGCAAAAAGCAAAAGGGCAGAAAAUCAAGUGACGCAAAGCUGUCCGACUCUGGAGAACAUGUUUCAGAUCAGCUUCUGUCAUCAGCAGAGUCUGCAGACAACAAGAAAGAGGAAACUCUUGCAGAGGCGGAGAGUGGGGAAGAUGGGGCUUGGUUUUCAUUCAAAAAGCUUGUAACUCCCCAACGGAGGAAGAAGUCAUCUGUGGACCACGAAGAGGGGCCAAUUCCAGGUUCAAAAGAUGGGCCGAAACCAGCUGAAGCAGAGCAAAUAUCAGAUCACAGCACAGAGGAAGGGAAAAGGAGAAAAGAUUCGUCUGUGUCAUGGGAAGCUGUGUUGUGUGGAUCUGGAAGAAGAAGGAGUCGGAAAACAUCAGACUCUGAGGAUGAUAUGCCUCAAAAUAGUCAAGGUAGCAAACAAAACGGCGGCUCUAAAGAACCACCGAUUGGAACGUCUAAUGAGAUGCAGGAGAUUCUGGCGUCAUCCCCAAAACAGACAGGAAGUCCUCCAGAGGAAGACGAAAGCUCAACGUGGAGGUCGUUUAAAAAACUUGUCACUCCCAAAAAGAAAGUGAAGGAGGAAGAAGAAAGCACCAACGAAGCUGGCCAAGAUGAUUCUGCCUUUUCCAUAAAGAAACUCCUGUCUGGAAGAAAAACAAGAAAGUCUGUUGAUGUUUCUGCUGAGGAGGUCAGUAAAGAGCAUACAAGUAUCGAUGAUGAGGACUCUGAGACACCUGCUGUGGUUCCUCUGUCUGAAUUUGAUUUACCUGAAACAGAACCAAUAGCAGAAACAGAAAGUCAUAGGGCAAAAGAUGCAGAUGGUGAACCUCAAAUGGGAACCACUGAGACCAAUGAGGAAGUCCAGUUACAGGACACUGUGCCCACUGAGCCAAAAGACACCCCAAGCCACGAAGGAGCUUUAGAAAAAGAGGCUUCAUCAGCCGCAACUACAGAAGAAGAACCAGACGAGCUCACAGACUCCAGCAAUCUUCAACAGCUCAGUGAUAUCCCAGAGGAGGGGGUCAUUACAGAGACCACCCCAGCCUCAGUGGCGGAGGAGGCAGCAAAGGACGAAACGAUAGCAGAGGACCUGCUGGAAGUCACAUCUGAAGCCAUAACUGCUCCGGAGCCAGCAGACGUUACCUUGGCAGAUGAAACAGAGAUGGUGUCUGCAGUUUCCCAGUUAUCAGAGUCUUCAAAAACAUCUGGUAACACAACACCUGUCCCAGCAGAGUACACCGUCAUGAACACAGAGUCCCUCCUGCAGCAGGUUUCUGAGACUAUCGCUGCAAGCCCGACGGCAGUUCCAGUGUGUUUGGAGGAACAGAGUCCUGAAAAAGCUGUUUGUUCAGUAUCGCAUCAAAUACUUGAAUCGUCUGUAUUGGACCAGCCCAAAAUGCUGGAAGUGCACACAGGAUCAGAAGCAACAAGCAUAAAGACAGGCCUAAAUGCUGAAGGAAUUGAUGCAGUGAAAGAAGCUGCAGCAACAAUCCAAGCCGAGAGCAUCUCUCACCUCAGCGAGGCCAUUUCUACAGAAAUGGCUUCAGAAGUUCCUAAAGAGGAGCUUGACACCGCUGAGCCAGCUACAGAUGACGUCUGUGAGGUGAAUGUUUCAGAAUCACAAAAAGACAUCAAAAAUGUGGAAAUUACACCAGAGAGGCAGCAUGUAGUUGAAGGUGGAGGGGAUGUCGCCGAAGCAGUGUCACUGGAGAGUUCACCUAAAGGAGAAGUCGCAGCGACCAAAGAACUUUUUCCUGGUCAAGCUGAAAAUAACAGAAGGAAAACAGACUCCAGCGAAGAAUUAACGGUGACAUCAGUAGAUGACGCCGAGGGAGACCAAACUGUGACAGAAGAGGAAACUGAAACCAAAAAACAAGCUCAAAAUGAGGUCAAACAUCCUGAUGCAGUGGAUGAGCUGGAAGAACAGGCAAGACAAAAAAAAGCUGAGCUGGCCAAAGGAGAGCAUGAUAUCCACUCACCUGAAGAAAGGCCCCCAGAGACAAUCCAGUUCACUGAAACACCUUCACAGGAUCUUAGUGAAGAAACCAAAGACAACAAAGGAUCUCCAGUAGUGGAAGCUGAAACUGAACCAAGUGCAGUGACAGAAGUUGUGAAGACUGCUGCAACAGAGUUAGUAGAGGAUCUGGUUCAGACACUCAACACAGAAGUAUCAGUUUCAGAAAAUACUGUCAUAGCUGAAACAGACACCGACGAGUCAAAACCAGUAGAGUCUCUACUUGAAGUGACAGAGGAGACAGAAAAGAAAGAGCCACAAAAUGAUCAGUCUGAGGUUACGGUAGAAUUAGAAAGCAUUCAAGCACCAACGUUAGAGUCACAGGAAGAUGCAGCAAAAUCCCUUGAUAAGGAAGUACCAGCGGAAGAUGAUACAGCAACUGAAAGAGAUGCAGAAGAGUCCAAGCUGGUAGAGUCUCUGACUGAUGUAACUGAGGAGGUGGAGCGGAACGAGCCAGAAGCAGCAGCUGCGCAUAUUGAUAGCUCCAAAGCUACAGAAGCAUUAGAAAGUGCACAAGCUCCAACAACAGAGUCUGAGGAAGAUGCUGUCCAGUCCCUUCGUAAAGAAGUGUCAUCGUUGCCAUAUUCUUCACCAGCUGAAAAGCAUACAGAGGAAUCUAAACAGCUGGAGCCUGUCACUGACGUCAAAGAUGGGCAAGGAGAUAAAGAACCGCAAAUAGAUGGAGCCCAAAUCUGUCAGUCAGAAGGUACAGAAGGAUUUGAAAGUGUUCAAGCCCCAACAUUAGAGCCACAAAUGGAUGCAGUUGUGUCCCUUAAUGAAGUGUCUUUGCCAGACAUUUUACCAGCUGAAAAAGAAGAACCCAAACAAGUAGAGUCUCUCACUAAAGUCACUGAUGAGCAAGAAGACAAAGAGGUCAAAACGGAUGUAACUCAAAGUGACAAUGCUGAAUUCAAAGCAGAAUUGAAAUCUGUAGAAACAACAACUGUGACAUCUGGAGAGGAUCUAGUUCAGUCCCUUAAUAAAAAGGCAGAAGAAGAGAUGCAGGAUGAAAAACAAGAGGAAAGUGAUAAACCAGAAGACAAAGAGCCACAAACGGAUGCAGCUCAAAUCAACGAUGAAUUAAUAUGUCCAGAAGAACCAAUAUUGACUUCAGAAGAAGAUGUAGUUCAGUCCAUUAAUCAAUCAGUGCUGUUUUCAGAAAACAUUUCAUUUGCUGUAACAGAUACAGAAGACGUUGAACUGGUAAAGACUUUCUCUGAAGAAAAUGAAGAACAAGCAGACAAAGAGAGACAAAAAACAAUUCAUACACUGGAGUCUUCUGAUGUUACACAAGUUUCUGGUGUUAAAGAAGCCACAAAUGUUGUACAAGAAGCCACAGACAAUGUUCAAGAAGACAUAUUGGCGUCAGAAGAAAGCAGAGUGGAGGUUCUAGAAAAAGAUGCAAUGCCUUCUGAUACCAUGCCAAAAGCAGAAACAGCUGAAGAAAAACCAAAAGAGGAACCUGAAUGUUUGAUUCAAGGAAUCAUUCAAGUAGAGGAUGCUCCUGAAACAGAGAAUGCUCAGGAACCAGAAGCUGCUGCAGUUCAGCCGGAUGCAGUAGCGAUUAGCUCUGGAGCAUCUGAUGUGGAAGUGAUACAUGACACUUCAGCAUUGGAAACCGUCACAGAAGAACUAAUUAUUACAGAGUCAAAGGAACCUCCAUCUGUGGAACGAGAAGGUUUGCCUCCUACCCCACAAGACAUUGCCUCACAUAUGGAGACAUGCAAAUCAACAACUGCACCAAUUGAUGAGGAAAAUAAGGCUCGGGUACCUGAAACGCAAACAUUACUUCACGAUGUUCCACAGCCAGAAGACACUGCUCCAGAGAAACCAGAGGGGAAAGAUGUACUGCAGCUGGAUCACGAAACUGAUAUUAAACCAUGCGAUGCUAAGGCCGAGCAUGAAGAAAAUGUUCUUGAGAAUGUGGAGGGGUCACCAGCAUUGACAGCAGUUCAUGUUGUGUCAGUUGAUGAGGAGGCAAGGACUGCCGAGGUCCUGGAAAAAACAUGUCCUGUGGAAACCCAGCCAGUUUGUGUAGACCUGGUAGAAGUUUCAGAAGAACCUAAAAGUGAAGUCUAUCUUUGUGAGCAGCAGGAGACAGUAGACGGGGAUAAUACGGACAAACUUUCAGCUGCCGAGAUAAAGGUGGCCGCAACUGAUCACACCUUCAUGGCACAUGAAGUUAUAAGUAAUUUGAAAGACGUUUCAAGUGAGAAACUGAAUGUUGAGUUUCAAGACGUUUUGAUGAGUAAAACGGCCAGUGAGAUAGAAAUGAAUGAUACAGUAGAGACUGCAACCCCAUUAGUCCUAGAUGACAUUAAUCAGGCAGCAGAGCCGAGCAUUGCUGUUGUGAAAAUGUGCGUGCCGCCUGUGGAGAUCGAGGUGAAUCAUAAAGUUCAGAUACACCUGAUGGAUGUGGAUAUCAGAUCAGCCCAGAACUCUGUUGAUGCAGUGAUCCAAGUAGGAAUUACAGAAGAUAAGGAAGUAAUUGAUGUGUGCCAUGAAAGCAUUCAGAAAGUAGACAACCUCUUAGCCACUGCAGGAGUUGAAGAAGAAACUACUACUGAAGAAAUCCAGGUGACAGUUCAAGAUGUUAUGCAGCAUGUGACAAGUAACUUACAGGAAACGCCAUCCAAGAUGGCCGCUCAACAUGUAGAACAAGUCACCGAUGAGUCAGAAAGUAUGAUGGAAGUAUGUGAGGCAGACCAAAAGGAAUCAGUUGAGACGGAAGAUGAGAAGGUGAUCAAUGACGGUGCUGAGAUAGCCGCCAAUAGACAAGAGGAGGAGGCCACUGUCAUCACUGAGAACUCUGGAAUCCCGGCUGAGCAAGAAGGCCUUGAAGAAUCCGAGGUACCUUUAAGUAUUCCAGACAUCUCCAUCGAGGAUCACAGGGAGGAUUUGGUGGAAGCAAAACCUGACAAGCCAGAAGUAUGCACCGCACCAAGAGAUGUAAGAACAGACGAAUUAGCUGGAAAGGGUCCAAAUGAAACCAACAUGGAACCUCUGGCAAGUACGCAAAGACAGCUUGCUACACCCGGCAAUGCUGGAUUAGCAGUUCCCCAAAACACCGGAGUAAUCUCAUCAGUAGGCAACCUGGAGUCCCCUUCUAGUCUGUCUUUAGAGUUCAAACUGAACAUACAGUUUGCUCAAGCCAAAGCCUCAACAUGGCCCUCUGCUGCACCUAUAGAAAGAAUUGAACCCGUGAAGCAGGUGGAUGUUUCUGAAGCUGGAGUUCAGGCAGAAGAGUCAGCAGAGUCUGUACUUCAAAGAGAUGAAAGCAAGAAACAGAUGGAGCUAAAUGAGGUAGCGGUGCAGGCAACCAGUAUCACAGAACCAGAAGCGGACUCACGUUUAAUCCAAAGGGCUGUGAUUGCAAGUCAGCCAGUGCUACUGGAUGUUGGUGUCCAAGCAGUGGAAACAAUAGAGCCAUUGGAACAAAUCCAAUCUACUGAAAGAGUCAUUGCAGAGGUUCAAACAAUGGAGGUUUGCCAACCAGCAAGACAAAAGAAGAGAGCAGUGCUCCUGCGAAAGCCUCUGCUCUCCGAGGCGAAAAAGGGUUGGGCUUUCAGACAAUCAGAGGACGAAAAUGACCAAGACGUCUGGCUGGACGCAGAGGAGGACAUCUAUCCACAGCAGGACAUGCAAACAUCCACGGAAAAGCUGGAUGAACGUGUCAAGCUGCAGAGUGAAAGUGAAGAAAAGGAUGAAGCAGAGCCUGAGCUGGAGUUUGAGAUGGCAUGCAGCCUGGAGGCAGAGGACACAGAAAGCCAACGAGACGCGCUGAAAAAAGAAACGAGUGAAAUGGAAAGUGAAGGGGAGGAUUUCACUGUUGCACUCGAGGACCUGGGAACCAGUGUCUCCGCGGCGGAAUGAAGCUAACACAGCCCGACUCUGGGGUCAAUGACAGGUUGGACAAUCAUAACAAAGGACGAACGUUUCGGAAAGCCAUUGCAGUGUUUCUUGUGACACCAAGCUAAUCCAGUAAUAUUCCCAUAUUUAGUGGUGAAACCAUUCUUGAUUUUGAACAUAACAUUAAUUAUGUGGUUAGAGAAGUUUGGACAGGGAAACCGUUAACCUUCUCGGAGGGACUGCAGUGAUUUCAGGUGUGAACGCAUCAACCUCGCACUAAAACAUGGCUGUUCCACAGUGUGCGACUUAAUACUAAUCAUGUCCAAUUCUUCCACUUUUAACAUUAUAUUAAUUUUUAUUUUUUUGAAAAGUAAAAGUGAUUUUAACAGUAUCUGAGAGAUUUACGUUUGUACUCCGACACUGCACACCUUUUUUGUAUACUACUGAAAGUAGAUACUGCGCAGCCUGUCCUAUUUAUGACCAUAUAUAUUUCAUCAUUCAGUCUUUUAGUUAUUUCACCUACAGUCUUGCAGAAGGGUUCAUGCUCCUUGAACGUCGUCACAUUUUAAGUAACGACCACAAACUCAAAGUGCAUUUUGUAAGGAAAAUUACACGCGUUUUUUUUCUACAAAUAAUCUUAAAAGUGUGGAAGUCAUUUGCAUUAAUCUCCUCUGAUACAAUAGUUUGGAUACGGAGCGUUUCCUGUGAUCACAGCUGCAAGAGUUUUGGCGUCUACCAGCUUUGCACAUCCAGAAACCAAAUUUCUUUGCUCGUUCUUCACAAAAAAGCCCGAAAUCGGACAGAUGGGUUGGACAACAUCUACUGUGUCACAUCUGAUUUAAGUCCAGAUUUCUACUUGAUUAUCCCAACACAACAAAAAUGAUUUAAUCUAAACCAUUCCAUUUCAGCUUUGGUUUCAUUUUUAGAAUCAAAACCUCCUUGCAGUAGCUUGCACAGGUGCCUUGUCUACCCUUUUUGAUUUCCAGAUGACGAAUCAAACAAAGCUCUGAGACAUGUUCAGGUUGUGGAUGGUUUUUAAAAAAUAACCCUGUGCUAAACUCCACAACCGUGACGUAAUGUUCUAAAAGCACGCUACAUUUUUGAGACGCAUUUGUAAACAAAGUAGAAAACCAUGAUGUUCGUUCCAUCAUACCGUUACGCGCCAUUUUACGUUGCUAUCCACCACCAAGGUGAAGUACCUGAGUGAAGUUGGCCUCCCCACCUUCUUCAAAUCAGACGAAAUGGGUGUCAAUUAACUCGACUACGUUUGUGCAGCAAAAAUUUUCGUUUGUGCUGCUUUGGCUUUGAAGACAUCAAUGAAAGGUUAAAGGUCGAAAGCUCGACCAGAUCAGGUCUAUGACCUUUAUUCCUGGGAGUCUUACUGGGGAAACCAUUAUGGGUCUUACUUCUGGCGCCCACUGGAAGUAGCAGCAUUUCAAUGUGAUUUGUAGGUUGUUGUUUUUUUUUGAUAGUUUAUAUUCGUGACAGAAAUUAUAUCUCUCUUUUCGGUUACAAUAUUUAGUAAAACUUAUUUACGGACAUGGCGUCUGCCAUCAGAGAGCUGCUCAGUACAGACUAUUGUAAUUGUGAAUUUAAUCACGGGGAGCGACAGGAACACGAUCGUUACGUUUUGUCACAGAACCACCGAGAAUUAGCAGCUCGUUCCUCUGAAGAGCUGACAGCAAUGAAGAGAAAAACUGGCCAGAGAUCUGAGCUGCAGGUAUAAAACACCAGAACUACACAAUAUCAGCUUGGUGUGACGUGAAUUGGAUUAUUCGGUUGAAUUUAAAAAAUAAUAAAAGUUCAUGAUCUGAGUCUAUGUCAUUAUGAUUGGGCCAGCACAAUUUAUUUAUAAGAGAAAAUAAAAUAUCUGGAAUUAUUUAGUCCACCAGAACCAGAACCUCGAGGUUCUCCGUUGCUGAAUGUCGCUGCAAAUCAGCUGUUGUGCUCCAGACCAUAACAUGGAGAAUCUCCCCUCUGGACUAGAACAGAACCGAAUCACACAAUAAUCUGUUAUAGGCAGUAACAUGCCACUGGAAAGUGUGGUAAGAUGCCCUCGUGGAGCUCGGUAACUUUUGCCGCACUAAUAAUCAAACCAUGUUUAGUUUGUGGCUGCAGCAAGUGUGUCUCCAGAAACAAAAGCGGUAGUUUUCAUUGCUUACCGGCAGAUAAGCAAACAAAACAGAAAUUGGCUAAAGAUUCUAAACUUGAAGAGAGAACCCAAAAUGCUUUAUGUGAGCUCAUUUCAUUGUGUGGACUCAAAGCCAACACGUCUGCAUCUGAAGAAACUGAGUCAGUGCAGUAGCUACAUAUGCGGCCAUUUCUUCAAGUUGCCCUCCCUCCACACAAUAGCUGUCGGCCCUGGAGGACCCACUUUGUUGCGCCCACAAAUCUACAAAAGCCUCCUGGGGAUCGAAAUAAGGUGGAUACAGUCGUGAUAACGCAGCGCUGUGUGCAGCUGCAAUGUGACAGAAACAAGGAGGUUCAUGUGGGACUGAAUACAUGUUUGAAUGCGAGUCUUUUACGAAAUAUAUUACAGACCUAAAGAUAUUUAAGAUAUAUUAUAUUUUAUCUUGUACAUAAUGUCUGUUUUAAAAGCUUUCACAGGAUUUGCAGUAAAGAGCGAUGCCACUGAGUCAAUUUCAAGGAGACAGGGAGCAUGCCAUAUCUGACAUUCGAUGUACCCAAAUAUUGAUUUCUGAGCCUUAAUAACAACAUAUUUCUUGUUCCAUCUUUCUGCCCAAAUGUUUAUGAAUCAACAACUAAAAGGAUUAUCUGGAUACAACCAGCUACGUUUUCAAGACGAAGGCAAACAAACACGCUGUUGUUUUCUUGUUUUCUUCCUUUUAUUCCACGUAUUGUGAUUUCCAAGAACUUGUCCACGCGUCAAACGUGGCGAGAUGUGAAACACAACCCUGAGAUGCCUUUAUUCGUGUAUCAGCAAGAUUUUUAUUAUUAAAACAUUGUUUUGUUUGAAUAAAAUAAUACCUGCACAUACCCUAAA